AUGGCGUCUGAAAUUGUUGAGAAAGCCAAGGAACUCUUCAUUGGUGAAACUGUGUACGUUGACGAAGUGGCAGGUUCCGAUGAAGCCGGUAACGGUACUCAGUCGGCUCCCUUCAAAUCCGCCCUCAAGGCUCUUGAAGCCAAAGGCGAGUCUGUCAAGAUUUUGGUCAAGAAAGAUGAGGAAGGUUUCAAAGAGAUUUCCGGUGCUGCUUUGAAAAAGGCCAAGAAGACCCUUGCCGAACAACAGCGCAAGAAGCAGAAGCAGGAAGAACAAAAGCUCAAGCAAGAUGAAGAAUUGAAGAAGAAGGCCGAAGAAGAAGCCAAGGCUCUUGAAUACGCCAAGUCCGUCGUUCUUACUGAAGAUACCAGCUUGCCCAAGGCUGAAAAGAUCAAGAUCAAGCAGGGUGUUGCUUCUCGCGGUAAGCGUGUCAAGGUGUCCGGUUGGGUUCAUCGUCUUCGUGUUCAAGGAAAAGACAUGAUGUUCGUGAUUAUCCGUGACGGUACCGGAUUUUUGCAGUGUGUGCUGACUGGCAAAUUGUGUCACACCUUUGACGCCGUUACUCUCACUGUUGAAUCCACCAUCACUGUCUAUGGUGUAAUCAACGCUCUUCCCGAAGGCAAAACUGCCCCUGAUCACCACGAAUUGGUGGUUGACUACUGGCAGCUUGUUGGCAAGGCUCCUGGUGGCGAUGAUGCUUUCAACAACAAGGUCACUCCUGAUGCGGAGCCUUCGUACUUGUUGGACAACCGUCAUCUCGUCCUCCGUGGUGAAACCGCUUCCGCUGUGCUUAAAGCUAGAGCUGAAGUGAUCAAGGCUUUCCGUGCCCAUUACGAAUCUCGCGGUUACACUGAAGUGACUCCCCCCUGUAUGGUCCAAACUCAGGUCGAAGGUGGUUCCACCUUGUUCGAGUUCAACUACUACGGUCAAACCGCUUAUUUGACUCAAUCCUCCCAGCUUUAUUUGGAAACCUGUCUUCCUUCGUUGGGUGAUGUGUUCUGUUUGGCCGAAUCGUACCGUGCUGAAAAGUCGCAUACUCGCAGACAUUUGUCUGAAUACUCUCACUUGGAAGCCGAAAUGGCUUUCAUCUCUUUUGAUGAAAUGUUGGAAAAGCUGGAAGAUUUGAUCUGCGAUGUGAUUGAACGUGUUCUCGCUGAUGAACCUACUCGCAAACUUAUCGAACAACUCAACCCUGACUUUAAGCCUCCUUCUAGACCUUUCAUGCGCAUGAAGUACGCUGAUGCCAUUGAAUACCUUAAAGCCAACGACAUCAAGAAGGACGACGGUACCUUUUACGAAUUUGGUGAAGACAUUCCCGAGGCUCCUGAACGUGCCAUGACCGACAAGAUCAACCGUCCCAUCUUCCUCACUCACUUCCCUCACGAGAUCAAGGCCUUCUACAUGCAAAAGUCGCCUGAAGACCGACGUGUCACCGAAAGUGUUGAUGUAUUGAUGCCUGGUGUGGGUGAAAUCGUGGGUGGUAGUAUGAGAAUGGACAACAGAGAGGAACUGUUGGAAGCAUACAAGAGAGAAGGUAUUGACCCUGCUCCUUACUACUGGUACACUGAUCAGCGCAAGUACGGUACUUCUCCUCACGGUGGUUACGGUCUUGGUGUCGAACGUUUCCUUGCUUGGCUCCUUAACCGAUACACUGUGCGUGAUUGCCAGCUGUAUCCCCGUUUCACUGGUAGAUGCACUCCUUAG